AUGUUAAGCCAAAGGCGUAUAAGAUCUUACAAGUAUGCAUUUUUUAGACAACCGUGGAUGCUUAGAGUCCUCAUCGCCCUCUGCCUCCUAAUUUUACCCUUCUACAUCGUGUACAAAGCACCAUUCAGCCUGAUCCGCGUCCUUCAAGGACGUUGGCCUGACGUACUGUGGCAUGUGCAGACUUCGAAGCCGCUGAUCGCACUUACGAUCGAUGAUGGACCAUCAGAAUACACACAAGAGAUCUCAGAACUCUUGAUAGAGAAUGGCGCUACUGCGACUUUCUUCAUCAUCGGAUCGCAGGUUGACGGACGCGAAGAGACAUUGAAAGACCUUGUACGCAAUGGCAACGAGCUUGGCAACCAUGCUAUGCACGAUGAACCCUCCCGGUCAUUGACCGAUGUCCUACUAGCUGAGCAGAUUCACACGGUCGAGGACAAAAUCCAGAGCAUUUACCGUGACGUAAAUAUUGGCUCACCACCAAAGUACUUCCGUCCCGGAUCCGGCUUCUUCAGUACAAGAAUGCGAACGACGAUAGCGAGACUAGGUUAUCGGUUGAUCCUUGGCAGCAUCUAUCCACACGACCCUCAGAUACGCAUCUGGCGAGUCAAUGCCAAACAUAUAUUGAGCAAGUUGCGGAAAGGAGGCAUUAUCAUAUGCCAUGAUAGGAGAAGCUGGACUGUUCCUAUGCUGAAGGAAGUGAUACCCGAGAUCAAGCGAAGAGGAUACCAGAUAGUAACAGUGACGAAGCUGCUUCAAGAGGCUUGA